AUGCCUAGUGUUCUCACAACACCCAUGAAGGCCAUUUUGGCACUGCUGGCGUUCAGCCCAUCUUCACUAGCACUACAGGUCCCUCGCUACGCCACAAUUGCCUCGCGAGAUGUGGUUGCCGCGACUGAUUAUGACUUUGUCAUUGCCGGCGGAGGCGUCUCGGGUCUUACCGUUGCCGAUCGGCUGACCGAAGACCCCAGCAUCAAAGUCCUAGUCAUCGAGACCGGGCCUUUCGACAAGGAUGAAGACAGCGUCCUCGUCCCAGGUGCCUUCUUCCCUGUUCCGUACCUUUGGCCCAACUUGAAUAGCGCACCACAGUCUGCGUUGAACAACCGCGUCUUUUCAGUGCCUGCCGGUCGAGUAGUAGGUGGCGGUUCUGUCGUCAACGGCAUGGUCUUUGUGCGCGGUGGAAAGUCAGAAUAUGCGGCCUGGGAGCAGCUGGGUGCCAAAGGCUGGGGAUGGGAUGACCUAUUGCCGUACUUUCGGAAAAGCGAGAAUUUCACGACCCCGCCUCAAAACUUUGCUGACGCUGCCAACAUCUCGUGGGUAGAGUCGGCUCACGGCCACAACGGACCUGUCCGUGCCUCGUAUCCUAAUUAUUACUUCCCUGGUGCUGAAAACUUCUGGCAAGCUGCUCUACAAAGCGGCCUCACCCCUUCCCCGGACCCCAAUGGCGGCGACCGGGCUGUCGGUCUCUUCAACUUCCCCACCCUCGCCGACGCAACAACCCGGACCCGGAGCCACGCGCGGAUCAAUCAUUACCAACGCGUCAAAGACUCUCGUCCCAACUACCACAUCUUGGUUGGACACACUGUAUCCAAGAUCCUAUUCAAGGGAAGGAGGGCCGUUGGUCUCGAGUAUCUACCUUCAACUGGUGGUGAGCCCCUCGAGGUCUACGUAAAGAAGGAGGUCCUGCUGGCAGCUGGGGCGCUCCAUACACCACAGAUUCUACAGCUUUCUGGCAUUGGGUCAAAGAAAUUCUUGAAGAGCUUUGGAAUCGAUACCAUUGCAGAUCUGCCUGGGGUCGGCGAGAACUUUAUGGAUCAGGGUGAACUAAAGGUUCCCUUCACAUUUGAAAACAAUGUUUUCCCCAACUCUGGAGCUCUAGACACCAACAAAACAUACGACGCUGAACAACGCGCCCUUUACGACGCCGAAAAGCAGGGAGCGUACACCAUCGUCAGAACCCUAAGCACAAACCUAGCCGUACCGCCGCUAGCCAACACAACCUCCUCCUGGCGCGACAUCCUCGCCACUGCAAAGUCCCACGACCCCACCGAGUAUCUUGCUCCAGGUACCCCUGCAUCCGUUCAAGAAGGCUACAAGAAGCAGCGGGAAAUCGUUCUCGACCAGCUCGCAGGACAAGAUGUGCCCCUCGGCAUGGUCCACUGGGGCACCGGCAAUAGUAUCACGCUCUACUUCCUCCGGGCGCUGAGCCGGGGGUCGGUGAAGAUUAACUCCACGGACCCGCUGCAGCAACCCGUCAUUGACUUUCGCACUGCUUCUGAUCCCACUGACUUCGACCUCGCUGUGGCGCUGUUUGAGAAGGGGAAGGAGAUCAUGUCUGCGCCGGCGAUGAAGAUUCUUGGGCCCAAGAUGGCGGCACCGUAUGAUACCGCUUCUAAAGAAGAGAUGAAGACGUUGCUGGCUGCGAACAUGUCACCUUCGAACGCCCAUUCGUGUUGUACUGCGGCUAUGGUACCCAAGGAAGAAGGAGGUGUGGUGGAUACGGAGAUGCAGGUUUAUGGGGUUAAGGGGUUGAGGGUUAUUGAUGUUAGUUAUUGGCCCAUGGUGUUGACUGCAGCGCCGACGGCAACGACUUAUGCCUCUGGAGAAAAGAUUGCGGAUAUCAUCAAGAAAAAGUAUGGUAUCGCCUCACUCUGA